UGGGGGACCGAGUGUAGAGAAAGCGGUCGGAGGCAGCCCUGGAAGCGGUCGGAAACAGCAUAAAACCGUAGGAGCGAAGGAAGGGGGAGUCAGCAGAGGCUGGUGCUGGUGCUUGUGCUGCGCCCAUUGGGCGGGGAGAGAGUUCUUUCCGGUGGUCCUUGCGCCUCCGUUGGAAAUAAAGCAUUUUCCCCUUAAAAGCUUGCUUCGAGCCGAGCUGACCCGCCAAGGGAGGGGGGACGCGCCCCUGUUGCUGCUCUCUCGGAUCGCCGUUCUUUCCUUUCUGUGGAAGCUGCUAAUAGGCGCCAUCGCGAUUAAAAACGAAGAACCCUCCCAACAUCCCUCCACCUGGAUGCCAGAGGAGAAACUAUUAACCAUCCAGAAUAGCAUCCUGUUCCAAAUGCAUGGAGGAGGAAACAAGUUUUCACAGCCUUACAAAAGGCAAACAGAAAACAACUAUGGCAGACAAAAACCAUGUCCUAAAAUCGCCACAAAGUGUAACAGAUGCAAAGACUUUAUCUGGUUCUGAAGGGAAAAGCAUUCCUUUUAGCAAAUCUGUUGAUUCUGUGAUACAAGCAGAUGAAAGUUAUAGAAUGGACUGUCCAGAAAUGGGAAUAUGCAUUCUAGUCAACAAUAAACAUUUCCAUCCAGAUACCGGAAUGUCACUUCGAUCUGGUACAGAUGCAGACGCAGCACUUGUUUUAGACACUUUCAGAACCUUGGGAUAUAAUGUGAAAAUUUAUAAUGAUCUUUCAUGUAAAGAAAUUAUUGAUGUGUUGCAAAACAUUUCCAAGGAUGAUCAUAGAAAGCGAAAUAGUUUUGUUUGUGUCUUGCUAAGCCAUGGGGAAGAUGGACUGAUUUAUGGCACAGAUGGCCCUAUAGAGCUGAAAAUGUUAGCCAGCCUCUUCAGAGGAGACAGAUGUAAAACCUUGCGAGGGAAGCCAAAGCUCUUUUUUAUCCAGGCUUGUAGAGGAACGGAUCUUGAUUCUGGAAUUGAAACAGACAGCGGCUCAGAGGAAAGAAUGUGUCAGAAAAUACCUGUAGAGGCAGAUUUCCUAUAUGCUUAUUCUACUGCACCAGGCUACUACUCAUGGAGGAAUUCCUUAGAUGGUUCCUGGUUUAUACAGUCAUUGUGUGUGAUGUUGAAACAAUAUGCUAAGAAACUUGAACUUAUGCAGAUCCUAACACGUGUAAAUUGCAAAGUUGCAGAAUUCAGUUCCUAUUCAAACAGACCUGACUUUCAUGGAAAGAAGCAGAUUCCAUGUAUUGUCUCUAUGUUAACAAAAGAUUUUUAUUUUCCAUUCUAAAGAGUUUUUUAUCUUCUGAUACAGAAACUAAAAGAAGGGAGAUGGCAGAAUUUGUUUUAUUCUGAGCUAUGUUUAUUUUCUGGUGCCCUGGUUGCUUUAUAAAGAUAAGAUUUAUAAAGAUAAGUAUUCCAGUUGAUAGAACAAUAGUACAGAAUUGUGAAGAUUUGGUGAUAUAGAAAUUACGAUUUAGAAAAUGAAAAUGUUUCCAUUUGAUUUGGAGUAAUUUUCAAUAAAAAUUAUGAAAGAUUCAGUAACUUUUGGUUGACAAUAUAAUUUGCAGGUAAAAAGUAAUAAAAAUGUACCAUUUUCAGAAUAAGUGGUUAAUUUUGGUAGCAAUGCAAUAGCCUAUUUGUAAAUAAACAUACAACCAAAAAUUAAUAUUGUUAUUAGUUGGAACUUCUUGCCAAUCAGAGUAUUUAAGACUGGAUUGUAAUAUCCUUAUACAACAGAGGUUUUACAAAAUGGUGUAAAGACUAAACUAUCAAUAGGAUUAAUCUGUUGAUAAUAGAAUCAAAUUCCUGAUAGCUGUGCAUUUGCUAUUGAAUACAAAAUGCUCAGUGACAGACUUUUAAACUUUACUCAGAGCAUUUUGCUCUUUUAGAAUACCAGCAAUAUCUUUAAAUGGGUUUAAGUUUAAAAGAUGACAAAAGGUGCUUAGAAGUUAGAACUUGAUUCAGAAUUGGAUUCUGGAUUUCAGUUUGUGGUGCAGUAGUGUGUGGUUUUUAACUUGUAGUAUAUACACUUUGUAUAUUCUAAAAGGCAUGCAAAAGUGAGUCCACAUUUCUAAUUUUGAAUGUGUAGCUUGUAGAAAUAUGAAUCAUUUAAAAAUAGAAUAAAAGAGAGAGGCUUCUAAAACCUCAGUAGGUAUACAUUUCCUGUGAAACUCAGACUUUGAGUAUCUACAAUGCAUGCUUGUUUUCUUCUUAUAAACUCAAGAGUAAAGGUAAGGCUAUUUCACUUUUUAACAAUCUUUGAUGUUGAAUUUUUCAUACUGCUAAAAUAGAAAUCUAUGUUCCUAGAACUUAAUUUUGUCCUGGUUAAAGAUUUGCUAAAGACUUUCCAUUUCCCCCUUUUUAAAAAUCAGGACAUCUUCUGCCUCCAUUCCAGUGAUCUUCAUAUAUUCACUAGGAUUUUUCAGUGGGAUAGGCUAAAAUUCUGAGAGCACCCUAGGAAUUCAGAAAAACAACAGGUAUUAAAAAAUAUUUUAAAAGGAUGCCCAUUUCUACCAGGACAUUUGAGUUUACUCUGGUGGUCUUUGUUGUGGCUACCAAUGCCACAGUAUAAAACAAUUGAUUCUUUAUCAAUUACAAAAAUGCAAAUGGAUGGGAGAGGUAAGAGAUCAAGAGCACUAUAGUAGCUGCUAUAUGCUUGAUAGAAAGAAAGGUCUUAAGAAACAGGGAUCCUAGAAUUGAAGUAUCCAUUCUUACAGGGCUUGCUGAACAGUAGAUUGGUAUGUCAGCAAUAAACCUACAAUGUGUACUUGCUUGAUAAGUCGCAUGUUCUUGGUUUACAGCUUUCUGAAUUGGUUGUAGAGUAAGCAUGCAGACAUUAUAUCUGUGACUAUAUGAAUUUUCAUAUAACAAUAAAUCCUAUACAUUGUUUUAA